AUAGUUCACCCCCCGGGGGAGAAAAACACCGGGGCACCUUUAUAUCACGUAUAGCAUGGACAUAUUGUUUAAAUAUCGUACCUGAAUAAACGUUAAUGUAUUGUCAUGUUCAAGUUGCUUUACGUAUACUCGCUUUGAGCUUUCGUUAUUUGAAGUCAGAAUAUCACUAAUACCUGGAAUCUGUGGGGGUUUUGCGUCCUACGGAAAAUGACGUCUUAGGAAAGGGUGCGACGAGGUCGUUAGGUGUGUAUUGUAGAAGAGGUUGGUGAAGAUAAAGAUGAAAAUGGCGAUGAGGCUACUGAUGUGUAGUGUAGCCGGACUGGUCUUUUGUUCAGGAUUCCCGUCGAUGACAAAAGGAACGGAAAAGGAAGGUAAAAGUGACAAAGAAGAAAUUGUUAAAAUCAAGCUGAUAUUUCCAAACAAUGGCAAUGACGGUAAACAUGGCAAGCAAAAACGGUCCUCUGACAUAUUCCCUCGUACAUUGUCUUUCCGGUUCCGGGUCAACAAUAAUGACGUCAUCAUGGACCUCGAGAAGAACACAAUGGCCAGCGUGCCUCCAAUAAUGAGAGUGGAUAAACUCCGGCCAAUUUAUGACACCAAACCGGACAUACAGAGGAACUUUGCGUUAUACCAGGGUCUUGGAAUGGGUGCCUCGGCCCUUGUUAGAUUCCCAUUCGACGAUAUCAGUAAAUUUGAACUGCACGCCAGCUAUCAACGCGGAUCCGAGUGGUACGCCAUCGAACCACUGUCAACUUCCGGUCGCCGGAAGCGGUCCAGCGUGCCCCUUCACACCGUGGAGACUAUGCCGACCACACAUGCCACCACGACACCACUUCCGGACGCUGACCAGUUGGUUGCUGACCACAAAGUGACCUUGCUGAGCCCGGAUAUACAGCUCGGUUCUUUCUUUAAUGAUAUCAUUGUGAUACAAGACGACUUGAUGACAUCCACAGACAGCCCCCUUGAGCCUUUUCCAGUCCUUCGUCUAGGAGAGGGUCCACAUGAUAUCCCUAUGGUAGAUCUCCAUGCUUUUCCCGAUCAAAGAAAGAAAAGACAGUCAAUCUGGGAUGAUUGGGAGCCGAGAGAGCGCCGUCAGGUUUCACAAAAAUACGUCGAGUACCUUGUCGUGUUAGACUAUGCUAACUUCUUCAAGUGGUACCAGGUUGCUCUUGGUAAUACAGAAGACGAGCGUUAUAGCAACGCUGUGAACUCGCUGGUCCAAUAUUAUCUGUUUGUCACAAACGGGAUAGAUGUGAGGUUCCAGUCGGCCCAAACAUCACAGGGUGACCUCAGAGUGACCUUAGCAGGUUUCGUCAUAGCAACCGAGGUAUCGGAAUCUCCAUGGACGGAGAACAACAGAGUCAGCUCCGCUGCAGUGUAUGAUGGCAAAAGUUUGGAGGAUUUCGCAAAAUGGAUAAACUCGCAGAAAUCGUCACUUCCUGAGCAUGAUCACGCAGCCCUUUUCACUGGAUUUGAUCUCGCUCUUUCUGACAAGGACACUUCAACCAUUGGUAUAGCCUACCUUAGCCGAGUGUGUCUUUCUUACUCAGCCUCCGUCAACCAGGAACCUUAUAAUGCCCUCUCCAUACACAUAUCGGCUCAUGAACUUGGACACAGCCUUGGCGCUACCCAUGAUGCAAGUAGCGCCGGAAGUUGUUCUAGUGCUCUUCACUAUGUGAUGGCACCACGACUUCCGGACGUUAACGAAACUCUUGCGUCAAAUCCUUACGAGUUCUCGUCCUGUUCGAGAUCACAGAUAGGAACAUACCUUAGCAAACUUGGCAGCGACUGCCUGUCAAACAUACCGGAUAUUCUUAGUAUGGUUACCCUAACGGAGAAGCCAGGAAAUGUAUAUCCUGUGGAUGAGCAAUGUCAUACACUUCCGGAGCAGGACUGGGUGAUAUGCCGGGAAAGCUACGUAAACUAUCCUUUGAAAUGGGCGACUAUUUGUCACCAACUGGAGUGUCGCCGUGUUGGAACCAAUACAUGUAUUAACCGUCGCCAGGCCUACGAUGGGACCCCUUGUGGUUAUAUGAAGUGGUGUGAAAAGGGACGCUGUGUGAGUUCUCAACAGUCUGUGUCUAGAUCAGAUACUUGUCCCCUUGGAGACGACCCUACGUUCAAUUGUCAGGCAAAUCAAUGUUCAGCAUACAGCCACGUUGUCCGAAUAGGAAUCUGCUGCAGUACUUGUCUUGAGGCAACCACAACGACACCUAGAACAACUACAACUACCACAACUACAACUACUACUACAACACCUACAACUACUACCACUACACCUACAACUACAACUACCACACCAACAACUACUACCACUACACCUACAGCUACUACCACAACACCUACAACUACAACUACCACACCCAGAACUACUACCACAACACCUACAACUACUACCACAACACCUACAACUACUACCACAACACCCACAACUACUACCACUACACCUACAACUACUACCACUACACCUACAACUACUACCACAACACCUACAACUACAACUACCACACCAACAACUACUACCACAACACCUACAACUACAACUACCACACCAACAACUACUACCACAACACCCAGAACUACUACCACAACACCUACAACUACUACCACAACACCUACAACUACAACUACCACACCCAGAACUACUACCACAACACCCACAACAACAACUACACCUACAACUACUACCACAACACCUACAACUACUACCACUACACCUACAACUACAACUACCACACCAACAACUACUACCACAACACCUACAACUACUACCACAACACCCACAACAACUACACCCACAACUACACCCAAAACUACAUCGCCGACAACUACAACUACCACAACGACUACUGCACAAACAAGUACUUCAACCCCAACAACAACAACACCGUCAUUAUCAUCCACAACACCACGAGACACAUCAAAGGACCCCAUGCAUUCCUUUGAGCUGAGAGAACUUGUAUCACAUUUCAUCGCUCUUGCAAUGAUUGUAUAAAUAGUUGCCUUUCAUCAUUUGUAUUCGUGGUUAAGUGAACACGAAAUAUAAUAACAAAGAUUAUAAUUUUCAUGAAUAUUG